AUGACCCAACUAGUCAGAAAAUUAUUUUCUCUCAAUUUAAGCGUGAUGCGCCUUUUCGGGUUCUACCCAACGAAAAACUACAAAAAUAUAUACAGAGUGUACGCAUACACAGUGUACAUUUUCUUCGUUGUUCCGACACCAAUACUGACUUCGUUGUAUUUGCUCUUUGGAGAAAACGUCGAUCUGGCUUUAGUGGCCCAAAAUGCGUUCUCUAUAGGGGAAACUGGGUGUUUUGUAUUUAAACUUUUACAGUUUAUACGAAAUUCCGACAAAAUCAGGAGGUGUAUUUAUAUGGUGGAGUCUCCAAUAUUUACAAAUUAUGUUAAGACGCAGGAACAAAUAAUGGAUGACUGUGUACAUGUGUCUGCAAGCUGGGCAGUUGUUCCUUUGUUUGGAAAAGAGUACAGGUUACCGCUAGAUAUUUGGUUACCUUAUGAUGUUACAAGGGGUGGGUUACCGUAUAUUCUAAGCUAUAUUUUUCUUGUAUCAGGAGUUUCAAUCGACUCAGUGUUAAACGGUGCAAUUGAUCCUUUGAUUGGUGGACUUUUAUAUUAUGCAGCCACUCAAAUCAAAAUAUUGAAAAAUAAUUUAGAAAAUAUUAAUAAAUACGCUGAACAACAUUUACUCAGUGAAGUUAAAAGUGAAGAUAACGACGCGAAAAUAAUUGAACUUAAAUCAAAAAUUGUGUACCAACGACUGAAAUUUUGCGUCAAACUUCACAAGACGAUUUUAAAUUUUGUUGAAGAAUAUGAAGGAACUUUCACUUCGAUGGUGUUUGUGCAAUUUUCAGCAAGUGUAGUGGUGAUUUGUAUUUCGUGUUUGCAACUAAUAAUUGUUGAGCCCUUUACGAUGAGUUUUUUUUCAAUGCUCAUUUUCAUUAAUGCAGUUUUAAUGGAAAUAUUGUUUUAUUGUUACUAUGGAACGAUCUUAUUUGAAGAAAGUUUUUCAUUAACAACUGCUGCAUAUAUGAGUGAAUGGUAUGAAUACAGUCUGAAAUCCAAAAAAAGCUUAAUAAUUUUCAUGGAACGUUGUAAAAAACCUAUUAUUGUUACUUCGGGAAAAAUUCUUGAUUUAUCGUUAAAUACGUUUACAACGAUUUUAAAAAGAUCGUAUUCACUGCUUGCCGUUUUGAAGAAUUAUUGA